AUGGCGACUUGGCUGGCUGGGGAAGGCUCUCCAGCGGAGCUGAACGCCGACGGCUGGCCAAGGAGGAGCUCCGACGCAUCUAGCCGGCGAGAUCCGCCGCAGGGAAGGCUCUCUGGCAGAGUUAAACGCUUGAGAGAUUUGAAGUCGGGGAGGAUGAUUGGCAGUGCUGAGUUGCGUAGUGGUUUUUAUUUCCUCAACAAACCCUCUGAUUUGAAGUCGGGGAGGAUGAUUGACAGUGCUGAGUUGCAUAAUGUUUUCUAUCUCCUCAACAAACCCUCUGAAGCUCUCUCACACCGGGAAUGGAGAAAAGCUGUGAAUGAAGAAGUUGCUGCACUAAAAAAGAGUGGAACGUGGAUUGUGUCUAAUUUGCCCAAGGAUACGAAACCAGAUCUUUUAGCUCUUGAGGAGAAGAUGGGAUCAGUGAGCACUGCCCUACCAGAGGAGGUCCUUUCAAAGUGUCUGCAGGUAAGUACCUACAGAAUAAACAAGCUUCAUGUGCCAGGGAUUUCUGGCCAUGGUGAUGAUGAUUUCAAGUGCAGUGUUUGUCAGGAAGAAUAUAUGGUUGGGGAAGAAUUGGGGAGGCUUUCAUGCAAGCAUCAUUAUCACGUGACAUGCAUUCAACAAUGGCUUAGGUUGAAGAACUGGUGCCCCAUAUGUAAAGCUCCAGCUUUAUCUUAAGAAAGUCUGUUGGCUUGAUUCUUAUAUACAUUUGUUCAUGCAAAAAUCCUUGCUUUUUCAUAUUUGUGGUCUGUGAACAUGGUGUUCUCUAAUGCUGCACUGAAAAACAUUCUUGUAGGGACACUCGGCUCUUUGAUUUUGAAAGUAUUGAAGGGAGGAAUUG